UUUAUAGACUGUAUGUGAAUGAGAAGUCAUGGGUGGGAUUAUAUUUUACAGCAACCCAUAACAUUUCAUGAGCUGAUAUAGCAGUACGAACUCCAAAUUAACUAAAAAACAACAACCACAAGAUCAUCAUCAGUAUUUAUACCCCCGGGGCCUAGUUUGCCUGCCCAUGAUCUAGAGAAAACACCACCAUUGAAUCAUACAGAGUAAAACUAUCAGAACCUUCUUGAACCAAUAGGUUAGGAAUUAUCACCAUACAUUAGAUCUGUACUUUUCUAUGCCUGAAAAAUGCAACCAUGACAAUGUGGGAAUGUUUGGGGAUGCAGGAGAGGAUAUAUUGUUUGAUUACCAGUACAGUAUAUCCUUUCCAACUUGUGUUAACAAGUUGUACAAUUUAGCUGAGUAACAUUUCCCUUUUUAAACUUCCACAGCGGAUGCAUUUGCUCAGACUCGCGAAAGCCUCUAAAAUAAGUUUCCUUGCUAAUUUCCCCUUGGUAAUUUAUUUCAUAAAAAGAUAGACACGACACAGUCUUCUAUAAAAAUAUUAAAAGGAUUUACUCACACAUUCUGUUCACAAAUGGAUCCCAGAAGGCAGACAACUUACAAAUGUAAUAUACACCUGGAAACUCUCCCAUAAGGAGAUAGCGCCUUUGUCCUCUCUUGGUCGGAAGCUGGAAGCCAAGAGAGCAUCUUAAGCUAAGCAGAGAGAGAGAUGGCUGACCAGUCCUGCUCUUCUGUCACCUGGGCAGGGCCUGCCUUCACCUGCAGCAGAAUUCCCCAACCCACCCAGGAUUUGAGACCCAGCAGCUAUCCUCACCUGGUUUAGCCGGCCGGUUGAAGCCAUUCCUGGGAUUGUGGCUCCUGUUACACACUGACAGCUUCUGGAAGCCACAGGAUUUCCUUUCCUCCCACUCUGAAGAAUGUGAUGGAGAAAGACACCUUUUGUUUCAUUAGGAAUAGAAAUUAAAAUGUGUGAAAUGUGGAAUAUGCUUCACUGAAUGAGAACGCAUAGUUCAUAUCAAGGAACUCAAACAGAGGAGAAACCAUUUAAAGGUAUGGAGAGUGGAAAUAGUUUCACUGAUAGUGGAAAACUUAGAACACAUCAGCAGACUCACAUGGGCAAGGAAGGAUUCCAAUGCAGGGACUGUGGGAAGAACUUCAGUCAGAGCGGAUCCCUCAAUAUACACCAACGGAUUCACACAGGGGAGAAACCUUUUAAAUGCAGGGAGUGCGGAAAGAGCUUCAGUCAGAGUGGACACCUUAGAGGACAUCAGCGGACUCACACAGGGGAGAAACCAUAUAAAUGUAUGGAAUGCGGAAAGAGCUUUAGUGAUAAUGGAUACCUCAGAAUACAUCAACGGACUCACACAGGGGAGAAACCAUUUAAAUGCAUGGAGUGUGGAAAGAGCUUCAGUCAGAGUGGACACUUAAGUUCACAUCACCUGACUCACACGGGUGAAAAACCAUAUAAAUGUAUGGAGUGCGGAAAGAGCUUUCGUGAUAAUGGAAACCUUAGAAAACAUCAACGGACUCAUUCAGGGGAAAAACCAUGUAAGUGUAUGGAGUGCGGAAAGAGCUUUAGUUGUAAUGGAAGCCUUAGAAAACACCAACGGACUCACACAGGGGAAAAACCAUUUAAAUGCAUGGAAUGCGGAAAGAGCUUUAGUGAUAAUGGAUACCUUAAAAAACAUCAAGGGACUCACCCAGAGGAGAAACCAUUUAAAUGUAUGGAGUGUGGAAAGAGCUUCAGUUUCAAAGCGAGUCUUACAGCACAUCAACAGACUCACACAGGGAAGAAAAAAUAUAAAUGUAUGGAGUGUGGAAAGAGCUUCAGUCGGAGUGGAACCCUUAGAAGACAUCAACGGACUCACACCGGAGAGAAACCAUAUAAAUGUAUGGAAUGCGGAAAGAGCUUCAGUUUCAAUUCAACCCUUAGAAUACAUCAAUGGACUCACAGAGAGGAGAAACCAUAUAAAUGUAUGGAGUGUGGAAAGAGCUUCACUUGCAAUGCAAAUCUUAUCAGUCAUCAAUAUACUCAUACAGAGGAGAAACCAUUUAAAUGUAUGGAAUGCGGAAAGAGCUUCUGUUUCAAUGCAACCCUUAGAAGCCAUCAACAGACUCACACAGGGGAGAAACCAUUUAAAUGUAUGGAGUGCGGAAAAAGCUUCAGACAGAGUGGACACUUCAAUAUACAUCAACGGACUCAUACGGGGGAGAAACCAUUUAUAUGUAUGGAGUGCGGAAGGAGCUUUCGUGAUAAUGCAAACCUUAGACAACAUCAACGGACUCACACAGGGGAGAAACCGUUUAAAUGUAUGGAGUGUGGGAAAAGCUUCAGUCAGAGUGGACAACUCAAUAUACAUCAACAGACUCACACAGGGGAGAAACCAUUUAAAUGCAUUGAGUGCGGAAAGCACUUCAGUCAGAAUGUGAACCUUAAAAUUCACCAGCGGAUUCACACAGGGGAGAAGCCAUUUAAAUGUAUGGAGUGCGGAAAGAGCUUCCGUUUCAGUGCAACUCUUAGAAUCCAUCAACAGAGUCACAAAGAGGAGAAACCAUUUCAAUGUAUGGAGUGCGGAAAGAGCUUCACUCAGAGUGGACACUUCAAUAUACACCAACGGACUCACACAGGGGAGAAACCAUUUAAAUGUAUGGAGUGCGGAAAGAGCUUCAGUCAUAAUACAAGCCUUAGAAAACAUCAACGGACGCACACAGGGGAGAAACCAUUUAAAUGUAUUGAGUGCGGAAAGAGCUUUAGUGAUAAUGGAUACCUUAGAAAACAUCAAUGGACUCAUAUAGAGGAGAAACCAUUUAAAUGCUUGGAGUGCGGAAAUAACUUCAGUCAGAACGGAGACCUUAAAUUACACCAGCAGACUCACUCCAGUGAAAAACCCUAUGAAUGUAUGGAGUGCGGAAAGAGCUUCAGUCAGAGUGGACACCUCAGAAGACAUCAACUGACUCACACAGGGGAGAGAUCAUUUUAAUGUAUGGAGUGUGGGAAAAGCUUCAGUCAGAGUUAAAAUGGUUGAGGAAGACAUCCGCGGACACAGAGGGGGAGAAAGCGUUUAAUUGUAUGGCUUCAGUCAGAGUGGAAGUCCCACAUCAACAGACUGAUGGACAGGAAGAACUUUUAGACUUGAAACCGUACAAACCAACAACAAACUCAAAGAGGAUAAGCAAUUUAAAAGGAAAGAUUGCAGAAAGUUAUUUAGUUAUAAUGGAAUGCUUUAAGGAACAUCUAGGGAGUCUCACAGGGGAGGACCCAUUUAGAUGUAUGGAGUGCGGAACGUGUUCCUCUCAGAGUCCACUCUUUUCUUUUUCUCAGCAGGAAAUCAGUCUUAAACACAUGAUUUUCUAUGUGAAGUUCUGGUGUUUAUUUGUAACAUUGUAUAGCGAUGAAAUUUUGAAGGCAAUGUCAAACAAUGUGAUUAUAACUUAAGAUUUAAAGGACCUUUUCAUAGAGAAGGAGCGAGGGUGGAUCUGGAUUGCUGGUGGUAAGGAUUAGGGCUGGGCAAUAUAUUGAUAUCUCUUCUAGACCACAUCACGAUAACCUUUGAAAAACAAUUGAUAUGGCAAUAAACCACGAAUCACAGCGUGUGUUUCUGGGAUGUGCCUGGAAGCAGCCGGCAGAAAACUUUGCUUCGUGAAGCCCCUGCAGAUGCCCAGUUGCUGACUUCCCUCCCAGACGACAGGAAGCGAAACACACACCUCCAUUGCCCUGUGUCGUUCCAGCCUCUUUCCUCCCUUGCUCCCUUCUGCCGGUGUGUGUGCCUGACUUAGAUAUCUUGUGGGGUGUAUUUUUUUAGUGCUGAAACUGGAUUUGCUCUCAGGAGCUAGGUUUUGUGCCUGACUGGGGACCCAGUGAGAAUGGUAUGCUUUGAAAGCUCAGUAAACUCUUACUGAAGACGU